GUGCAGCGGCUCGAGAGAGGGAGGCUGCGGCACCGGGAUCCCCGGAGCGACCCUCGGCAUCCGCCCGCCGCGCUGAGGCCCGGACGGGACUCAGCGGCCUCCGGGCCCGUCCCGGUCGGGCCCGCAUCGACCCCCAGUCCUCGCGCGCGCCCCGGAACGGAGCAGGGAGCUGGACCCCAGACGUCGAGACCCCUGGCGCCUGGAGGUGCGCGGGAGGUCUGCCUGGAACUGGCCCAGGUGAGGGCAGCGGACCUACUUCUGGUGGUGGUAGUGUGGCGGUGGCUGCAGCAGGAGCCAGGACUGGGUGCAAGGGGGAGCCAGGAGCCCCAGCCGUACUGCAGGCCCCAGCAUGGCACCGUUCCUGCGUAUCGCCUUCACCUCCUAUGAGCUCGGCUCCCUGCAGGCUGCGGACGAGGCCAGCCAGCCCUUCUGUGCCGUGAAGAUGAAGGAGGCACUUAGCACAGAGCGCGGGAAGACACUGGUGCAGAAGAAGCCCACCAUGUAUCCCGAGUGGAAGUCCACGUUCGAUGCCCACAUCUACGAGGGCCGCGUCAUCCAGAUUGUGCUGAUGCGAGCAGCCGAAGAGCCGAUGUCUGAGGUGACAGUGGGUGUGUCGGUACUGGCCGAGCGCUGCAAGAAGAACAACGGCAAGGCCGAGUUCUGGCUGGACCUGCAACCCCAGGCCAAGGUGUUGAUGUCUGUGCAGUAUUUCCUGGAAGACAUAGAUUGCAAACAGUCUAUGCGGGGUGAAGACGAGGCCAAGUUCCCAACAAUGAACCGCCGUGGAGCCAUCAAGCAGGCCAAGAUCCACUACAUCAAGAACCAUGAGUUUAUUGCCACCUUCUUCAGACAGCCCACCUUCUGUUCUGUAUGCAAAGACUUUGUUUGGGGUCUCAACAAGCAAGGCUACAAAUGCAGGCAAUGCAACGCUGCCAUCCACAAGAAAUGCAUCGACAAGAUCAUCGGCCGGUGCACCGGCACCGCAGCCAACAGCCGGGAUACCAUAUUCCAGAAAGAACGUUUCAACAUCGACAUGCCGCACCGAUUCAAGGUUUACAACUACAUGAGCCCCACCUUCUGUGACCACUGUGGCAGCCUGCUGUGGGGGCUGGUGAAGCAGGGACUAAAAUGUGAAGACUGUGGCAUGAAUGUGCACCAUAAGUGCCAGAAGAAGGUGGCCAACCUCUGUGGCAUUAACCAGAAGCUCUUGGCUGAGGCGUUGAACCAAGUGAGCCAGAGACCCUUCCGGAAGUCAGAAACAGAGCCUGUUGGGAUCUACCAGAAUUUUGAGAAGAAGCCAGAAAUCUCUGGAGAAAUUGUCCCAGACAAUGGGACCUACGGCAAGAUCUGGGAGGGCAGCACCAGGUGCAACAUUGAGAACUUCACCUUCCACAAGGUCCUGGGCAAAGGCAGCUUUGGGAAGGUGCUGCUUGCAGAGCUGAAGGGCAGGAAGGAGUUCUUUGCGGUCAAGGCCCUCAAGAAGGACGUGGUUCUGAUCGAUGAUGAUGUGGAGUGCACCAUGGUGGAGAAGCGGGUGCUGGCACUCGCCUGGGAGAAUCCCUUUCUCACCCACCUCUUCUGUACAUUUCAGACCAAGGACCACUUGUUCUUCGUGAUGGAGUUCCUCAACGGGGGGGACCUGAUGUACCACAUCCAGGACAAAGGCCGCUUCGAGCUCUACCGUGCUACGUUUUAUGCAGCCGAGAUCGUCUGUGGACUACAGUUUCUACACAACAAAGGGAUCAUUUACAGGGACCUCAAGCUGGACAACGUGAUGCUGGACCAGGAUGGCCACAUCAAGAUCGCCGACUUUGGGAUGUGCAAGGAGAACAUCUUCGGGGAGAAACAGGCCAGCACCUUCUGUGGCACCCCUGACUAUAUCGCCCCCGAAAUCCUGCAGGGCCUUAAGUACUCAUUCUCCGUGGAUUGGUGGUCCUUUGGAGUCCUUCUCUAUGAGAUGCUCAUUGGUCAGUCCCCCUUCCAUGGUGACGAUGAGGACGAACUGUUUGAGUCCAUCCGUGUGGACACACCACAUUAUCCCCGCUGGAUCACCAAGGAGUCCAAGGAUAUUCUGGAGAAGCUGCUUGAAAGGGAUACAACCAAGAGGCUGGGAGUGACAGGGAACAUCAAAAUCCACCCCUUCUUCAAGACCAUCAACUGGACUCUUCUGGAGAAACGAGCCGUGGAACCGCCCUUCAAGCCCAAAGUGAAGUCCCCUGGAGACUACAGCAACUUUGACCAGGAGUUCCUGAACGAGAAGGCACGCCUCUCCUACACCGACAAGAACCUCAUCGACUCCAUGGACCAAACUGCAUUUGCUGGCUUCUCCUUCGUGAACCCCAAAUUUGAGAGACUCCUGGAAAAGUGAGACUUCCAGACAUGCCCCCCAACCCUCCCCAGCUGAGGAGCCUGCGUCAGCCAGCACGGCCUGCCCAUCCAGCCCGAGGCAGAGCAGACUUGGCGUCCCCCUUCAUCUGUACCUGCCCGCCCCCCCCCCCCAACAAUGAGCAACAGUGUGAUUGUCUGAUUUCUGCUGCUGCCACCCCCUUACCUCCAGGAGGGGCCUCAGCUCCUGUCUGGCUGGGCUCUUAUGGUACUUCUGUGAACUAUGUGUGAAUUUGCUUUUCCUCUGCCAUCAGAGGGAAAUUGUAAAUCCUGUGUUUCAUUACUUGAAUGUAGUUAUCUAUUGAAAAAAUAUAUUACACACACACACACACACACACACACACAUAUAUAUAUAUAUAUAUAUAUAUAUAAUAGGCUGUAUAUAUUGCUCAGUAUAGAAGAAACAUAUGAGGGACUGGUGAUCUAUUGAUUUUUUUAAAUAUAUAUGUAUAUAUAUACACAUAUAUACACAGAUACAUAUAUGUGACCACAAAAAACAAAAAAGAGCACAAGCUGUUUGAACCACCAGGUUCUUUUAUCUGUGUGUCUGAAUAAACACCAAAUGGUACUGA